GCAAAUUAAAUGAUAUGGAAAUGUAUGGAGAAUGUAGUUUGGUCGCUCCAUAUACCACGCUACACCUCUCCUAUCGUAUAUUCUUAAAUCUUAACCUUAAAGCAAGUAUAGUAAAUUUAUUUUCAUCACAGUCCCAUCAUCAAAAUAUAUAUUCCAACAAUGGGCCGAGGCGUAAGUGCUGGGGGCGGCCAGAGUUCUUUAGGCUAUCUUUUUGGCAGCGGAGAGUCGGCGGCGGCGAACAAUUCAACUACUGAAGUUGGAGCUGAUGUUGAAUCAGAAUCUGCCUCACAAGAGGCUGCAUCUAUUGAUACAAAUAAAACAUCCGUCACUAACAACUACUAUCGAUCUGAUGGCCAAAAUUGCGGCAACUUCAUAACGGUACACAGACAAUGUGAAGCUUGGUUCUCAGAUCGACCAUCAACAAAGGUCCACGCCGAACCUGGCGGUGGCUCCUCCCUUAGUUAUCUCUUUAGUGAUGGCAAAAAGUGA